AUGCCCAAGAGGAAGGUCAGCUCCGCCGAGGGGGCGGCGAAGGAGGAGCCCAAGAGGAGGUCGGCGAGGUUGUCAGCUAAACCGGCUCCCGCAAAAGUGGAGACGAAGCCAAAAAAGGCGGCGGGAAAGGAUAAAUCUUCAGACAAAAAAGUGCAAACGAAAGGGAAAAGGGGAGCAAAGGGAAAACAGGCCGAAGUGGCUAACCAAGAGACUAAAGAAGACUCACCUGCAGAAAACGGAGAAACUAAAAACGAGGAGAGCCCAGCCUCUGAUAAGGCAGGAGAGAAAGAAGCCAAGUCGGAUUAAUAUCACACACCUGGUCCUCAGUGGUCCCUGUCUCCCUUCUUGUACAAUCCAGAGGAAUAUUUUUAUCAACUAUUUUGUAAAUGCAAGC